AUGCACAACUCCCUCACCAGACUCCAGACGACCUUCGGGUUCUUCACGUCGUGCGCAUUCACACUCGCGGCCAUCGUUGCACUUCUGUCCGUCAUCCCCGUCCCUGCGCCGACGGGCUCUCCUCGGGCCUCCGUCGCCGUUCGAAACGUGCAGGUCGUCAAAGGCCGUCCUCACUACUACACCACCAAACGGGAAGAGUACGCACAGAUCCGAUUCGACCUCGAUGCCGACCUUUCGAGCCUGUUCACCUGGAACACGAAGCAGGUGUUCGUCUACGUGACUGCGAACUACCCCAGCAGCAGCACCAGCAAUGGCGAGGGCGGAAUGUCCGAGGCCGUGAUCUGGGACACCAUCAUCCCCGCGACGGCGACGCCGUUCUCGUGGCAGAAUCUACUGAAUCUACGGGAAAAGUACGUGUACAAGUACCUGCCGUUCCUGGACAAGAAUUCCCAGAAGAAGACGAAGAAGAACCGCAGGGAGCAUUUCAGCAAACAGUCAAAGGACCUCGUCAAGCCCGGUUUCAUCUCGUUGAAGAACCAGAAGCCAAAAUACCAGAUCACCGACCCGAGUGGCGUCAUCGGCGAGAGAGGCAAUGCCACCCUGCAGGUGAGCUGGAACGUGCAGCCACGGGUGGGCGCGUUGAUCUGGGACAAGGGAUACCUGGGAGAGCGGGUGGGUAAAUGGAGAGCCGGCAAGGUUGGAAAGAGCAAGGUGUUUGAGUUCCCUCCUCGAAAGGGAAAGCCAGCCGUAGCCAGGGAUCAGGAACCAAAGACACCGGAAGCAGGGUCUGCGUCGCCGAUUGUCGACGUGUGA